GUGCUGCACAGGGCACACGCCAGCAGGCGCCACUGCAGCCAGCGCCGGCCUGCAGAGGCCAGAGGCCAGACGUCAGCCCCCAGGGCCUUUCCCGAGGAGGAACGGGAGGAGAGACUGAAACUGAGACCACAAUCCAAAAUUUUGGAGUCCAGAAGAACUGACUGAAAUGCAAGUCCUCUCCUUGUCUAGCCGCGAGGGCGCCCAGGCCCAUUCUCCCUCCAGCUUCUUAACCCGCCUUCAGUGGGAGGCGGUGACCCCUGUCUGGGUGACCCCUGUCUGGGUGACCCCUGUCUGGGAAGGGUGCGGGGCCAUGUCGACUGGAAUCAGCCGGUUAUUCGCUCUGUCUGUUCAACUAUUUUUCCUAGCCUGUAACUGACUUACUUGCGUCACUGGGGACGGAAGUUAGGUCUGUUUUUAUCUAUAGAUUUCGCCUUCAUUUCGCUGGUGUCAGUGUCUGCUUGGUCUGUGAUGAAGCCACGCGGCCCUUGUCCGUGGGGUCUGCCCCUUUCGGCUUCCCGGGCCACACGGUGCCAGAGGCUGUGUUUCAGGGCGGCAGGCGGUGGUCCCCCAACUCGGCAUUGUUGGGGCAUGGUCCACCUUGUCGGGGGCAAGCCCCGGGUGCUGCACAGCGGUGUGACACCCUGGUGUUUGCGGCACUCGGGCAGGCCGCGGGCCUUCCUGGCAGGCAGGCUCUGUCAUUCCUGCUCUAGUUUUGUGGGACCUACUGGCCCGUAUUUUUCUCUGUGGCAUCUCCCUUUUCUCAGGGGGUGCCGCCCCCUCCUCCUUGGCAAGUGCGUUGCCUUGCUCAGCCCUGCUUUGGGGUGCCGCGCAGGCCUGCUUCUCGGGGUCAGGCCUCGCUGCUCAUGGUGUCUCUGCAGACUCAGACCCCCACCGAGUUCCCUCUGCUUUGUGACCGCCGCCCGGUCAUGUUUGGCUGGCAAUGCCCACUUGGUCUUCUCACCGAGGCUGAGACCUGCCCAUGUCCUCCUGGGCCUCCAGGCACGCGGGGACUCGGGCCACUGACAGUCCGUGCCUCCCACAGGCCCCGGGGCGUCUCGUGGCCUGGCUCAGGGGCAGACUAGCACGGCCGGCUGCCAGACGUGUUUGUUUUCAAGGACACGUGGCUCGAGGCCCGCUGGUCAUUUUCUGGACGCUCGCUGGUGAGCGUGUAGCUGUGCGGGCCGGGGCCCCCACAAGGCAGCGCCCCCUCACACCGAAGCAGGCUGCCGCCUGGCUCCUUCACACCCCCGCUCGGGGAAGGGCUGGUGUCUCGGUGCCUGUCCCGAGCGUGGCUCUCCCACACGGUGAUGCGGCCUCUGGAGAGCAGUGCAGCUGGACUGGAGCUGCUCUCUGAACUCAGUUCCCCCAAAAUUAUAAAAGCAGGAAAACUCAAGACAAAGAAAUCCAACAAGGCCAGCGACUUCAGCGACAUGGCGAGCUGGCCCACGCCGGGGGAAUUAGCAAGCACUGGAAGUCAGAGCGUUGGCAGCCAAGGACACAGGAAGCCCCAGGGCCGGAAGGAGCGAGAAGACAAGCCCGAGAAGAGAGGCAGCGGUGAGAGCAAGGAGAGCCGGGGGGCCAAGGCCGGCGAGGACGGCAGCGAGGACGAGGCGCAGGCCAGCGCGCAGCGGAAGCGGGCCACCAAGCACCGCUGGGUCCCGCUGCACCUGGAUGACGUGCGCCCCGACAGCCAGGACCGGCCAGGCCCCCGCGCCAGCUCCCGCUGCCAGCCCGACGCCAGCAGGCCCCCCAGCAGCCGCCGUGCGGACCCACGGAGUUGGAGGCGCGACCGGGAAAAGAGAGACGACCGGGACGAAGUGUCCAGCGUGCGGAGCGAGGGCGGCGCCGUCCGGGGCUCCUUCCGAGGCCGCGGCCGGGGCCGGGGUAGAGGCCGGGGCCGAGGCGCCCCGCGAGGCCCCGCGGACUUCCCCGGCGAGCGCGCCGGCCAGCCCUUCCCCGCCGAGCCGCCCCCCGGCCUGACCUACUACUACGACGACGGCUCGGGCGCGCAGGUGUACCCCGUGGGCGAGGCGCUGCUCAAGGACUACAUCCGGCGCCAGAUCGAGUACUACUUCAGCGUGGAGAACCUGGAGCGGGACUUCUUCCUGCGCCGCAAGAUGGACGCGCAGGGCUUCCUGCCCAUCUCCCUGAUCGCCGGCUUCCACCGCGUGCAGGCGCUCACCACCAACCUGGGCCUCAUCUCCGAGGCGCUGAAAGACAGCACGGAGGUGGAGAUCGUGGACGAGAAGAUGAGAAAAAAGAUCGACCCAGAAAAGUGGCCCAUCCCCGGCCCCCCUGCGCGGCGCGCGCCCCAGACCGACCUCUCGCAGCUGAUCGACUGCCCGGAGUUCGUCCCGGGCCAGGCCUGCGCCCCAGUCAGGGUGAUGAUCUGCUGAUGCUCUUGGACGGGACAAGCGGAGGAGUAGUGACUCUGACAUGUCAUGACCACAGAGGGACGGCCGGAGCCGCGCAGAGGGACGUGACGGCCCUGCCCUGCCCGGGCAUCCGCCCGGCUCCCCGGAGGAGGCCGCGGAGACCACCGAGGUGCCGCCGAGACAGCGUCCGUGCGUCCCCAGAGCCGCCCGCCACGGGGAUGCGGCCCUUCUUCACGUGGGAGUGUUAAUCGUUCUGGAAAAGCCGCAAGAUUCUGUCUGUCCCUUUCAGACUCAUGGGCUGUCCAGGGCAAUACUGCCCACGCGAGGGUCGGGCUCUGGACACCAGGCCUCAGCCCCACACUGCAGCGCCGGGGCCCUGGGGCUGGUUAAUGUGGACACCACGGGACAAGGCGUCUUAGGCAGGACAAGAGCAUUUUUUCCUUCACUCUUGAAGAUGUAUUUUUGAUACACCCGUGGAAGAGGCCCGCCCCCGGCCGGCCCUCGCCUCCACACCGGGCAGGCGCCUUAAACGUUGAAGCAACACUUUUCAGUUUUUUAAGGAAAUGUAAUCUGUUUAUUUAAGUUAGAUUAAUUUAUUAUGCAACCUUGGGGUCUAGGUUGAGAGUUGAGACCUGGCACCAGGCACGCCACGCUGCCCCAGGGAGCUCAGGCGGCCAGCCACGUUGGCGGCGCGUCCAGUUGCCCUUUAUGCAUUAUUAAUAAAAUUACAAGA